AUGAUUGCGGCUCUAACAAAAGGUCAAGAGGAGGAAGACCGAGCAAAGGAGGACAACAAGAAGGAACUACCCGCAACAUCCACUUCGAAAGAAGGAAAGCUCCAAAAGAAAGUGGGUAAGAAGGUUGUACCAUCCUUCCCGAAGAUAAAACCCUUGCGACACGAAGAUCAAAGGUUCACGCCCUUGAAUCCUGGUGUCAAUGAAGUGUUCAUGGAGAUUAGAAGGGACCUAGCUUUCAGGUGGCCGAAUAAGUUGUGGGGUGAUCCGAGGAAGCGAGAUCGAACAAAGUUCUGUGAGUAUCAUAAUGAUCAUGGGCAUUUGACGGAAGAUUGUGUAACCCUGCGACAGGAAAUCGAAACCUUCAUUAGAAAUGGAAGGCUUGUGAGAUUCCUUGCAGGAGAGAGCAAUCGAGAUGCGAUUCACCAACAACCCCUCCUGUUGGAUGCGAACCGAGAUGUAGGGAGACAAGAGCUGAGAUGUGAUCGAGACAAUGAUCCGAGAGUGGAUUCGAGAGCACCUCGGGACCAAGGAGUAGUAGGUGAAAUCCACACUAUUUUUGGAGGAAUAGUUGGUGGAGGACAGUCGAACUCAGCCAGGAAGGCUUAUGCAAGGAAAAUGCAGACUGAAGAGGUCCUCUCAGUGCAAAGACCUUCUAAGGUUGCAUGGAAAGACUCAAUGAUCCUUUCUUUCUCCGAAGAAGAUGCCAGGGGGUAA